UCAAAGGAUAGAUUCCAGAGGGAUGAGAGAGAAAGACAGACAGAGAGACAGGUAGGAGAGAGAGGCUUUUCACAGUGUACUGAAAUACACUUCAAACCCUUACUGAAAAACCAAUUUUCUCACCCCUUCUCCGGUCUGAUAGAGAAAACUUGAUGGGUUCAUAUGAACUUACAAAUGUACUCUUUUCGAAGAUCAAAACCUUAGACCCAGAAAAUGCCAUCAAAAUCAUGGGUUAUCUUCUCAUUCAAGAUCUUGCCGAGAAGGAUUUGAUUCGUUUGGCGUAUGGUCCCGAGAGCCUUUUGCACUCGCUGAUUCUGAGGGCUAAAAUCCAGUUGGGACUUUCGUCAAACACUUCGUCCGCAUCUUCCACUCCUUCCUCUCCUUCACCCCUAAAUCCCAUAGCCAGACCAACCAACGCCAACCCAUUUUCUCAGUCCUCUCCUAGAACCCCAAACGGCUUUGACUUUGGGAACAACUCUUCUUCUCCCUCUUCGAAUUCCUGGCCGCUUUCUGGCCUCCCAAACAACUCCAUUAACCCAAGGGCAAGCCCUUUACUCUCUCAUGACAAUAUCCGGGCCGGGUCCUUCUCCGUUGCAGUACAUUCGCACCAGUUCAGUAAGGAUGGUGGUGGUGGGGGCGGUGGUGAUGGGUGGCCAGGAAGUGACCUCAUCGACGAGCAUCAACUCAGCGAGUACCUCUCCUUUCUCAACGAGUCCUCUUUCUCUUCGAGGCCGGGCGAUUUCAUUAAUCCCAGGCUCGAAUUGGGUCCCGGGGUUCCUGAUUGGGUUCAUUCGGUUAACAAUGGUGACACCCAUUUCCACAAAAGGAGCUAUUCGGCCAGCGAUGCUUGUCUGGGGUCCGAGGACCCUGCUUUGGGAGUUGGCUUCAAGCCUUGUCUUUACUUUGCUAGAGGGUUUUGCAAGAAUGGAAGCAAUUGCAAGUUUGUGCAUGGCGGUUUUGCUGAUUCCCUGGACGCUCCUGGUGCUAUUGUGGGGUCUCCCAGUAAUCUUACUGGUUUCGAACAGCAGGAGGAGAUGUUGCGGUUGAAAGUUGAGCAACAGAGAUUGGCUGCUGCCUCUCAGUUCAUGGUUGGAGGGUCGCCUUCUUCGUACAACAAGUACAUGAAUUUCCUAUUGCAACAGCAGAAUGACCCUCAGAGAUUUGCGGCCAUGAUGAUGGGGGAAGAACCUUUCAAGUUUGGGCGGUGUCGACCUGAUAGAAACGAACUUCUGGCAAUGGCUUCUGUUGAAAAGGCGAACUCAGCUUCAAGACAGAUCUACUUGACAUUCCCAGCUGAGAGCACUUUUAGAGAUGAAGAUGUUUCAGAAUACUUCAGCAAGUUCGGGCCAGUUCAAGAUGUCCGGAUCCCAUAUCAGCAGAAGCGAAUGUUUGGGUUCGUAACAUUUGUCUUCCCAGAAACUGUCAGGCUUAUAUUGUCCAAAGGCAAUCCUCAUUUUAUAUGUGAUUCACGUGUGCUUGUCAAGCCCUACAAGGAGAAGGGAAAAAUCCUGGAUAAGAGGCAACAACAACAACAGCAUUUGGAGAGGGGAGAAUUUUCAUCAUGUUUGAGCCCUGGUAGUCUUGAUUCUAGAGAUGCAUAUGAUCUCCCACUUGGGGGAAGAAUGUUCUACAGUACACAGGAGGUGUUAUUGAGAAGAAAGUUGGAAGAGCAGGCUGAACUGCAGCAAGCAAUUGAACUCCAAGGUCGAAGACUUAUGAGUCUGCAGCUCCCGGACUGGAAGAAUGAACGCUUAACCCAUCAUCACCGCAGUCUAUCUGUUGGUGCUCAUGGUCCUAUGUUGAGCCCUCAUUCCCAUGCUCAGAUCAAUCAAAAUAUCCUUCCAUUUGACAGCAUGGAACAAGAAGUUGCAGGAGGCCACAGUGACAUUCCAGCUGACUUAAUCUCUGUGACUGGUGCAAUUGCUGAGCAGCAGUCCCAGAAGGAAGAUAAUUUAGCUUUCAUUCACAACAAUGGCAAUGGGAAUGGCAAAGAAAAGGAGCUAGUCUCCAACCUGGAUGCACCUAAUCUUCAUAAAAGUGCAGAGCAGGUCCUGCCUGAUAGCCUCUUUGCUUGUACAAAAUCUGCCGGAGAUCAUCAUCUAUCUGAGUUGUCAACCGCUGUGCCCGAAGUUAAUGAUACUGCCAUUACUACCGAAAACAACACAUUAUCAUCAGUCAAUUCUGCUGGCUUCAUUGCUUCUCAUUGAUAAUGCUGAUUGACUGUGCUUCUGCUAGGGAAAGUAGAGAAGCAUAUAAAAGGAAGAGUAAAUCCGCUAGAAGAUGUAUAGCUGCUGAAUUAUACCUACAUCAAAGACUAAGAGUAGAUCCAUAGAGAAGGAAGAUCUCAACGAGGUCUCGCUUGCCAUCACCCCCGAUACAUACUGCUAACCGAAAAGAAAAUACAUAUUUCAUACGUAAGGACAGAUGAAAAUACGAACGAGAGUGGGAUUGAUCGAUCGAUCUCUUUCGCUAUUUUGUGUUUUCUGUAGUCUAGAGCAGAACAAGGAUUGUAACUUGUAUUUUACGUUGUUAUGUACAGAACAACUUAUCUUUCAUCUUACUAUGUUUCCUAAGGUUAGGUUUUGAGUUUUCCAGAAAAAUAAGAAUCAGUAGUGGCUGUUUGUACAUAA